GCCAUGGUAACGCUAACGCCAGACGAGACGCUCCGUGUUUGUGGAAGUUGAAUAAUUUAUAGUUUUUUUUGGUCGCCUACCCUAAAUAUUUUAAAGAAAAUAAAAGGGGUAGCGGACGCAUUUGGCAGGAUGCCCUUGGGACGAGAGCAGGCAGCUAUCAGCUGCCUGCAGUACAGCCCCUCGAAGCCCCCAGAAGGAUUCCAGACCCGCGUGGUGGCCCCGAGAAACCCCAAGCUGGUUCCUCGGGAGGAGUUUCCCUCCAAGGUGACCCCAUCAGAGUUCAUGAAAGAAAUGGCACUGACCACAGAAGAAAAGCUGGCAGGCACUCAUGAGAUGCACUUGCCCAAAAUUAUACAACUGCUGGACAUGAAUGAGACUACCCACCAAAAGUUUUCGCUGGUGGACAUUGAUCAACCAAUGUUCCAGCCCUUUCCUUCAGAGAUCACCUUCCAGAACUUUGAGCCCUGUGAGACAUAUGAGGUGCCACUCAAUCUCAGGAACAAUGACCGGGUGCCUCGACUGAUUAAGGUGAGCCAGGAGGACUCGCCAUACUUUAAGAUCAUCAGCCCAAAUGACGUGGGCACCAAAGUGGCUCCAGGCAUGGCCUCGACAUUUCGCAUUGUGUUCACACCUGAGCAGAAAAAGGACUACACGCAUCAGUUGGUCUGUGUGACCGAGCGAGAAAAGUUUAUGGUGCCGGUGCGUGCGAUCGGGUCCCGCGCCAUCCUAGACUUCCCGGAUGUAGUGGCAUUCUCCCAGCGGCCGGUCAAGCUGCGCUCUGAGCGAACGCUGCUCGUACGCAAUGUUGGCAAUCGCCACGCCAAUUUCUCACUGCAGACGGAGAGGCCGUUCUCUGUGGAGCCGGUGUAUGGAGCGCUGGUCGUUGGUGAGAGCACGCAGGUGACUGUGGCUUUUACGCCGCAGACAACUGGCGACCAUUCGGCCGAGCUCUGGAUACACUACGACACGGGCGAAGACAUCUGCGUGGACCUGCAUGGGGCUGCAGUAGAUGUCAACGUGAGGCUGGACAAGAACUCCGUGGUCAUGGAGAGGACGUUCAUAUCAAUGGCCAGCCAUAGGCGCGUGCUGCUCAGCAACAGGAUGGAUGCGAUUGCUCAUUUCCAGUGGAGGCCCUACGCGACCGCCGAAGAGGAAGAGCAGCAGAAGCUGCGGUUCUGCUCCGAGCUGUCAGCCGAGGAGGCGAGGGAGCGCAACUCCUUCCUGUCGGAGUACGCAGUGGAGCCUGGCCUGCGAGACCGACUCUCCAUCUUGACUCGCUCCUUCCAGCAGCGCCGGCACAUGAUAAAGAGCGACCCCAUGCACUUCUCCAGUGACGUCAUCAGCAUAGAACCACUGGAAGGUGAUAUCUGGCCCAACUCAUCAGCUGAGAUCACUGUUGUUUUUAAACCUCGGGAGGCCAGGGUUUAUCAGCACACAGCCUACUGUGACGUUACAGGCCGGGAAACUCGUCUCCCUCUGCGGAUUCGAGGCGAGGGGAUAGGGCCCUGCCUCCUCUUCAACUGUGACCAGCUGGACAUCGGCAACGUGUUCAUGUCAUCGCAACAUUCAUACGAGGUUAUCUUGGCAAACAAAGGGGAGAUUGAUGGCAUCUUCAGCCUCGAUUCGACACUCUCCCUAUUUGGACGCUGCUUCACGUUGGAACCCUUUGAGGGCAUCGUUCUACCCAGAGGACACCAGGCAAUCGUCAUCUCCUUCCAGAGCCAAGCCAUUGGAAACUUCAGCGAAGAUCUCCUGUUCACUGUUGACGGCUCUUCGGAAAAGAUUAAAUUGACCAUCAGUGGCCGCGUGAUUGGACCUACAUUUAACUUUGAUGUUCCAAGUCUCGAUUUUGGAGAUGUAUCCUUUGGGUUUCCAGGUACGCAGCAGUGUACACUCAUCAACACAUCCCUGGUUGCUAUGGAGUUUGCACUUCGCGUGCCAGGUGAUGGUGCCGGCAGCCCCAGCGUGUCCAGCCUUGGCAAGGAGCACAUGACCAGGCAGGGCCUGACAUCCCGACAGCCGCGUGAGUUCUCCAUCACGCCCUCCAGUGGCAAGCUGCAACCCCAGGAGAAAAUUGCCAUCCAGGUGACACUGUGCUCCAACACAGUGACGUCAUAUGAAGGGGCCCUAGUUGUGGACGUGAAAGGGGUGGGCGAGGAGGUGCUGGCAUUGCCCAUCUCAGCCAACUGUGUAGUACCACAGAUUGAUCCCAGCGAGGGAGAGCUGGACUUUGGCCGUUGUUUCCUUCGCUAUUCGUACAGGAGGAUGCUGCUUCUCAUCAAUGCCUCGCCACUACCUGCCCGCUACGACCUGCAAUUGCAGUCCCCAGAUGAAGUGCAUGGAAUAACUUUUGGAAGCCCAUCUGCGUUCGGCGUGCUGGAGCCUGCCUCGCAGACAGAACUGCCGCUGUUGGUGCAUGCACAGCAGCUGGGGGAGCAAAGCGUCACCGCCAACAUCGUCGUCUUUGGUAGCAAAGAGCCUCCUGUGCGAGUUAGACUCCUGUGCAUGGGCCAGGGCCCGGUGGUACACGUGACGCCAGCAGAAGUGUCGUGGGGCCCGGUGUCCGUGCUGGAUGAGCACACCCGCACGCUCAAACUCUCCAAUCAGUCGCCAAUACCCGCACACUUCAGCGCCAAGACGGCACGAGCCAACUCGCUGUGGCGCGUGGUUCCAGCGAAGGGUUCCGUGCCACCGGAAGGCGUUGUGGAGCUCGCCGUGGCAGUUCGCCUGGAUGACACGGUGGCUUUCCGUGACAAGUUGCACAUCGUAGUGGAGGAAGGGCAGCCGUGCAUAGUGCCCCUGCAGGCCGUGGGCAUUGGCACUACCAUCGUGGCUAGGCCGCCGAUCGUGCCCACCGUCAACCUCGGACAUCACUUCAGCUCCAGUCCGUGCCAGUUCCACUUUACGCUCACCAACAUGGGCCGGCGCGCCCACCAGCUCUACUGGAUGAGCGAGAGCUUCCCCGUUCCUCGGUCGAAUGCCAAAAAGCCGGGUCAUCGCGCCACAGGAAGGGGCAGCUGGGCCCACGACGGCACGACCGCGGGCCCCCAGCCGCCGUCAACACGUGCCGUCUUCUCGUUGCACCCAACGCGCAUGGAGUUGGCUCCUGGGGAGAGCAUUGACGUGCUUCUGCAGGGCUUGGCUGACGUCCCCAAGGUGGUAAGCGAGCAGAUGGUGUGCCAUGCCAUUAUUGGUAAGCAGUCGGGCAAAGAGAGGAUCAUGCGAAUGAACAUUAGGUGCGAGUUCAUCCAGCCGCUGUUGGAACUUUCAUCGCGGCAAAUCAGCUUUGUGGUGGAGAAGCGACCAGAGGACACCCUACAACCACAGUACGAGCAACUGAAACUUAAGAAUGUGUCAUCACUGCCGCUGGCCAUGAACCUGAGCCUGGAGUUUCCUUUCAGUAUCAUCCUCCCAGAGGACUGCCCUGCUGAUCCCAGCGCCACAGCCCUGAAGCUGGGCAUCGGAGAAGAGCAGGAGGUGACGGUGGCGUUUGAGCCAGGGUACCGGGACGACGCAGCGUCACGCAUCGCCACGGGCCUUCUUACCAUCGAGCACGCUCACCACCCUCACCGUGAUCACGUGGCGCUGCUCGGACACACACAUUUCCCCAACCUCUCCUUCGAUCACACGAGCGUUGACUUUGGGUGCGUGCUCAACCACACGGAGGUGGAACGGCGCAUCACAAUGGUCAACUGCAGCCCACUGCCCGUGUCCUUCUGUUGGUCCUUUCUACAACACGACGGGACCACACCUAUCAGUCACCGAGGAGAGGGGGCGGCCGUGCACAGCUCCCUGCCGAAGCCGUUUGAGGACGAUGAGCACAGGAGCCGGCCGCACGUGGGAGAAGUCCGUGCCACGCCAGCCAGCAGAAGCAGGUUAUUAAAAGAACGAAGCAGCCUUCAAUCACUGGACGGUGAUAAUGUAAACCAGGAUGAAGAGGAGGAGGGUGUGAAUACAUCAGCGGACUUCGGAGUCUCAAAGCAUCUGAUGGUGCCUGACGAGGGCGAGGUUCCCUCUACUGGUCUUCAAGAGGUGUUUGACAUCCUGCCACUCUACGGGCAGCUACAACCGGGUGAGAGCCAGGCUGUCACCGUCAGCUUCUUUGGGCAUGCGGGCCUGCGUGCCCGGGCUACCGCGCUGUGCCGCGUGGUUGGAGGGCCCACCUAUGAGAUCAGCCUGCUGGGAGAGGCAGCAGACAUGAGCUACCAGCUCAGCACCACUGAGGUGGACUACGGGAAGGUGCUUUUUGACCGCGUCGCUGAGGUGGAAAUCACCCUGAGGAACACAGGCAGCGUUGGCUUUUGGUUCACGGGACCUGGGGAGGCACGAGGAAUGGAAGGCCUUGCUAGUGGUGUCCCUUACAUCUGCCCGCACACUGGAUUUGUGGGGGCAGCCACGGAGCAAAUUGUGAAGGUACUGCUCCUGCCCGGCGUGCCAGAGCCGUUUCAGCAUGCUGUGGCCCUGCGCAUCGCUCACUUUGAGCCCGAGGUGCUGAAAGUGUACGGGGAGGGCGUCUUCCCCAUUGUCCACCUCGAUCUGCCACGCAACAUGGACGGCUACGAGAGGUUCCAGGCUUUCUUGAAGGAGGCCGCUAAAGGGGGUGCAGAGUGCGAAACGAGCCAAGAGGAGCACCCCAGUCGCCCUGGCACAUCCCUGAGGGAGCAGCAGCCAGAUGAAUCUUGCCUAUGUCCCGAGGUGCUGUUGGAGCAUGGCAUGCAGCUGGAGCUGGAGCGGUUGAUAAUCAGCGAACACGCGCGUCUGCAAGCCUCCCUCCUCGGCACACAGCACUCGCCCGCCUCCUCCACAUCAGAGCACACACUGCCUGGCAGACAAUCAUGGAAAAAGCUUAGCAGGGUCCGUCUGCCAGAGUACAUAUUGGACUUUAAACACGUGAUCUUGGGAAACGUGCGCACGCACAUAGUGAAGAUCAGCAACCCGGGCUGCUUUCCUGUGUCCUUCCAAGUGGAAAGAAAUGCCUUGGCACACACAGGAUUCAGUGCCGAGCUUUACCGCAUGAAGAACUUCCCGCCGUCCGAGACGGAGACGUUCGAAGUGCGCUUUGAUCCACGCGGCGCAAGUCUGGGCCUAGGCCCAGUGGACGUCCUCCUGAAUAUCCAGGUGGUGGGAGGGCCGAUCGUGGGUCUGCGUUUGCGCGCCAUCGUGACCAUGCCUGAUCUGGAGGUGUCGAGCGAGGAGCUCGAAUUUGGCGACGUUCAGUGCGGGCAGUGCCACAUCGUCAAUGUGCAGCUGCACAACAAGCAGGCUGUCACCUGCGAGUGGACCUUCACGCCGCCCGACACCUCUUCCAAGCAGGCUGACACACCUGUAGCAGCCCUGCUGCGCCGCAAGGUGCGUGCCACCGCGCCUCCUCCCCCAGAGCCACCACGCGUCUUUGAGCUGCUUCCUGCAAGUGGCACACUGACCCCAGGUCAAAGGAUGAACGUGCAGGUCAAGUUCACGCCGACCCAGGAGAAACGCUACUGCAAGCGGCUGGCACUCCGCAUCGCGCAAAGCAGCCGGCGUGUGCUCCUCGUCGCCUUGGGCCGUGGGCUGGAGCCACGGCUGGAGCUGUCGGCCACCGUGCUGGAGUUCACGCCCAUGCUGCCGCAGAGCACCGGGAACACGCACCACGUCACCGUGCGCAACCCCUGUCCCUUCCCCAUCGAGUUCUACUCGCUCGAGUUUGACACGCAGUACCUGGAGGAGGAAAAGAUCCUGCGUCACGUGAAGGGGUACCAUGAUGGAGUGUUGUUGCUGCCCCCACGGUUGCCGGGUGAGAAGCUGCCCCCCGAGAUCCUCCAGGACUACGAGGAGAAGCUCCGGAAAAAGGGAGAAGCAGCAGCGGAUACACAGCUGCCCAACGGAGAAACCACGUGGCCGAGCACAGGUGCAGCAACCAUGCCACUGCGAGAGGAGGAUGAAAGUGAGGCGAUCGUGAAGCCGGACGAUCAGGAUGGCGCGACGGGCCCACCGGCCACGGAGGCGAGCGUCGUCCCACGGCUGGAGGGGAUCGGCUCGCCAAAGGGCGACAAGAACGGAGAGGUCCCACCAGGGCUUCGAGAGGACAGUGAUGGGAAGCAGCGGGAGGCAUCGAAAGGAAGGGCGAACAGUGGAGUGGGAGACCUGGAGCUGACACCCGUGGCCGCUGCUCUAGCACGACACCUGGGCAUCGACCUGUCCCCGGAAGGUCGCGCCGCCCAGAACCGGCGUGGCAUCGCCAUUGUGGUGCACGGGGCGCCCAGCUCUGGCAAGACAAGCGCAGCGGUGUGGCUGGCGCGGCGGUAUGGCGCGGCACGCCUCACGCUGGAUGGGGUGGUGCUGGAUUGCCUAUCAAGUGGCACCACGGUGGCCGGGCUGCGUGCGCGACAGCUCUGCGCUGACGCUGCACACCGAAAGGCCGUGCGAGAGGCCGAAGAAGCUGGCCUUACAGAUCCGAGUGCACCAUCAAGAGCGACCCCGGCACUAUCAACUGUGGGUGGCAGCAUGGGGGGGUUGAGCAUGGAGGCGGUGGCCAAGCACUCUGCAUAUGGCAUGGAGUCUGGCGUCGGCGGGGCAGACAUCCGCACGGCACCAUCUUCCAUUUCCAUACGGCAUAAGGGCAGCACGAUCGUGGGAAAGUCACGCGCCGAGGCUCACAGCGUCGCCACGCGACCGCUGCCCUCCGAGCCUACUGGAUCACAGGCUCCGAGCGUGUCCAUGGUGGGCGCGCCGCUGCAGCGUCGGCUGAGCGUAAGCGCCAGCGUCGCGGGUGAGGACGGCCUCCUGAGCUGUGUGCUGCCCGAGGAGCUGCUCAUCGACAUCCUCGCCGAGAGGCUGCAGCUGAGUGACUGCCACCGAGGUGUGGUGCUGGACGGGCUGGAGACGCUGUACGCAGCCACCAUCGCGAGCGCGGCGCACGUGGUGCUGAAGGCCCUCAACAAUCGCCGCUUCAUCUUCUUGGUGGACCUGAAACAGGAUCUGGCCUCGCUGGAGGCAAACGAGCAGGCCGCACUCAAGAAACGAGAGGCAGAGCUGGUGCAGAGGCUGGAGGAGAAGAAGAGGUGGCUGGAGGAGAUGGACGAGGAUGAGUACAAUGCUCUUUCAGAUGAGAAGCGGAUGGAGGUGGACAGUUUGCAUCUGGCUGCCCUCAAGGAGCGCAAGGCUUGUGAGGAGGCUGACAGGCUAGCGAAGCAGGAGCUAGAGCGUCUGCGGGAAGAGGAGCUCGAGAGGCAGAGGGAGGAGGAGGAGAAGAACAGAAAGCCACGCAAGGGAAAGAAAGACGCCAUCAUUCGGGAUGAUCAGACGGCACAGAAGAAGAGCCAAGCUACUCUCAAGCUUCAGGUGUCAUCUGUUGCGGAUCGGUCCGAGUCCCAGGCCUUGGAGGAUGGGACACGCAAAAAGAACAAGGGGAAGGAACACAAGGCAGCUGCGCUAUGCCUGCAGAGCGACGCCGCUCAGCAGCCAGCGGCGACCAUCAGCGAGCCAGACCCGUCAGACGAGAAGAAGGAACUUGAACGUCGCUUCAAGGCAUACGAGCAGUCACAGAAAGACGUGCAAAAGCUGCUGGAGUUCUGGGACCGCACGCAGGGCAUACUCGUGCUCCCGCCCACACCCGAGACAGAGGACAUCGUCGAAGCCGAGGACGAAAAACCUCCACCGUCGGGCAAGAAGAGCAAGAGGGAGAGAGAGAGGGAGCGACUGGAGCGUGAACGCGAACGAGUCGAGCAGCGGGAGAAGGCCGAGAGGGAGCGGCUCGAGAAGUUGAGGAGCGAUGAGAAAGGCGAGCCGUCUCCGGCGCCCGGCUCUGCCGAUUCAGACAAGGUGGCGCAGGAAAGGCCAGGCUUACGGAAGGCGGUGCUGGGCAUCCCACAUGUGGCGCUGGAGGUCACGGAUCCCCGUGAACCCGUUGCAGAGAAGCUGCUGGCAAGAGAGCUGCUGCCCUCAGUGGACGAAGUUCUGGACGGACUGGGCCUGGGUCCCAGUGGGCCCCCUAUCCCACCACCUGUCACCCUGUCGGUAGUGCCGUUCCCCGGCAAGCGCAAGGGCCUACCUCCCAAACCCAUCGAGCGCUUCCAGUUUGUGGAGGCGGUGGAGGAAACGAGCAUGGAUGAAAAAGAUCCAAACGAAGAGGUUCAGCCGGAGCCCGAGCCCUGUAUUAAGGAGGAGCUCACGACGCCUACCAGGGGCAAAGGUCGAGGCAAGGACAAACUGGACAGCGCAAGAGAGAAGGUUCGAUCUCCGCAGAGAAAGAGCGCCACUCGGUCACCCCCACAGCCUCUGGGCCAGCCCGCAAGCGCUCAGGUGGAUGGUGAGAUGGGCAGCACGCAGCAAGGCGAAGCGUCAGUAGCAGAAAGCCGUGCAACAAGGUUGAAGACUUUCCGCUGGGUGGUCGACGCGGGCAGUCAGGUGGAGCUGCACGUGAGCUUCUCUGCCAACGAUGCGGAUCAGUUCGACGAGACGCUGAACCUGGAGGUGCUGGGCACUCGUCGCCGCUACCAGCUCUACUGCCGCGGCGUUUGCACCUUCCCAGGCAUCAGCCAGAACCCCAGGAUUGUUUUCCCUCACCGGAAGAAGUCUGUGCAACCUAAUGAGAUUGUGCACAAGCAGUUUGUGUUGAGCACAGACAUCUUUGAGUUUGGACCCCUGCUGUGUGGAAAAACAAGAGAGAGGUACAAGGACGGCCGCUACCCAGAGAACAUGGAGAGGCUAAACAUCCAGAACAGCUCGCCCAUGUUGGCCAAUGUCACCUUCUGCUUCCAAAAUGAUGCCAAGGCGACGACGUUCUUGCUCGACCCGCCCACCAUGACCCUUCAGCCCAAGCAGGAGCAGACGCUGACGCUUUGGGCCUAUCCGACGUCGCCGGGCUGCUUCGAGGACGUGCUGGUGUGCUGCGUGCACGAGAACCCCGAGCCGGCCAUGUUCCGCGUGCGCUGCCACGGAGUGAGACCCGAACUUGAGCUGGAACGCAAGCAGCUACACUUUGACAAGCUGCUGCUGCACAGGAAGGACACAAGGACGCUGACGCUGAAGAACAACACGCUGGCGCCUGUGGCGUGGCAUGUGAGCGGCCUGGACAGUCUGGGAGAUGAAUUCUCCCUGGACGCCGACCAAGGCGUUGUGCCGCCCAGAUCCCAGCAUACACUGCACGCCUACUUCCGCGCCCUCAAGCCCGUGAACAUCAAGAAGAUGAUUCGCCUGGAGAUUUCAGAUGUCGAGAACAUAAUGGGCAUAGUUCAUACUGAGAACAUACAAGUGAUUGCUGAAGCAUACGAUGUGGCUUUGGACCUCACGUUGCCGAAAGGGUCUGACGGCGGACUUGAUUUUGGAGUCAUACGUGUGUCAGAAGAUGCUAAGCAGACUUUCACCAUGAAGAACAAAGGGAAAUAUGAAAUUUCAUUUAGCUUCGGGCUGGAGGCAGCAGCCGCAGGCGUGCCAGAUGUGAGCACGCUCUUCUCCGUGCAGCCACAGAAGGGCACCCUCCUGCCCACGGAGCGACACACGCCCGUCACCAUCAUGUUCCAUGGCAAACGGGAGGUGUCCAUCACUGAGCAGCCCAUCCUGCGCUGCCAGGUGAUCGAACCCAGCGUGGGACAUGGGGAGGCUAUCGCGAGCAUCCCCGUGAAGUUGUCGGCGUGCGCCGUCUACAGCAAGUAUUCUAUCUGCCCUGCCAACGACAUCAACUUCGGGCCACUGGUGGUGAACACACGCAAGACAUGCACCUUCACGAUCGAGAACCGUGGCGACUUUGACUUCAAGUACUCCAUCCAGAAGCUGGCGCUGGACCCACCGGUUUCAUCUCAGCGCAAGGGGAUGGCAGCGAAGAGAGUCAAGGCCCAUGAGACGCACGGCCCGGGAAGGUUAGGCAACAAACAGAAGCGUGACUCCCUACGACCUGAAGCCCCCGCUGCUGUCGUCCAGGCUCGGCUGUCGCUGGGCAUGUUCACCGUGUUCCCGGGGUUCGGCACGCUGUUGCCGGGCGGCCAGCAGAUCGUGACGGUGGAGUGUGCACCGGAGUAUGCAGGCAGCACCUCGGAGACCCUGGCCUUAGACAUCAGUGAACGCGAUCCCAGCGACCACCCCACGGGCAUUCCAUACAGCCUGUUCGCUGACGCGUGCAUCCCCAGCAUAGUGAUUAACGACUUUGAAGCCAUAUUUGAGGAGCAGCACAUGUGCCGGAGUGCCACGCUGAGCCAGGUGCUGGCGAGCGCGCAGAGCGGCAGCGGCGCGUUUGUGGAGGACGAGAGUCGCUUCGUCUUCCAUGGCACCGUCGUGGGCCGCCGUGCCACUGCACGCUUCAAGAUCCUUAACUGCAAACGGGUGCCGUGCGACGUCGUCUUCUACGUCAAGCCCGUCUCGAGCAAGGCGGCCGCGCGCAUCGGAGACAUUUUUAGCGUGGAGCCAGCACGAGCAUGCGUCCCCAGCCACUCCCACAUGUAUGUGGAGGUUUCAUUCAUCCCACAAGCCAUGCAAAGCUACCAGUGCACCUUUGAGGCGAAUGUGGAAGGCCUACCCAGCGGAGUCCUGAGGCCACGGGGGCUGAUCUUCGACGUGUGUGGGGAGGGCACCCUGCCGCACGUCAGCGUGCUGAGGCCCGCGCUGCGGUGCAAGCAGGGAGCGCCGCUCAUGCUGUUUCAGCGCCUGCUGCUCGGCCGCGCCCAGACGCUACCGCUCUCGCUGUGCAAUGACAGCACCCUGCCCGCACAGAUAAACGUUGAUCUGUUGGAUGAAACUGGUGCAUUCAAGCUCAAAGUGAAACCAGGAACAAAGUGCUUAUACCCUCUCGACAAGGAAGAGGAGGCCAAUGAAGAGCCGGCCAAGAGGGCGCACGCGGCGUCGCUAGUCGUCCGUCCGGGAGAGAGCGCGGAUCUGGAGGUGCGGUGCUCGCCCGGGCGAGUGGGGCCAUGCCGCGGCAGCGCGCGGCUCACCGUGGUGGACAACCCGUAUGCGGUGACGAUGGUGCGGCUCGUCGGGGAGGGCUACAGUGACACCGUGACGCUCGACAACUUCCCCAGCCCCCCAGCAGCAUCGCCUGACAACACUGACGAGACUUCGUCGGACCCUGAUGACGUCCAGGCGGCACGAGCAGAGCACCUGAAUUUUGCCGACUGCCACAUCGGUCGGCCAUACCAGCUCACCUUCACCAUGAGCAACCACAGCACCAGCGAAGCUGUGCGCUUCGAGUGGCCCUCCGACCUGCCCCAGCUGAAGUUCUCCCCGCAGGUCGGGCACCUGCACGCCUCCUGCACCAAGGACGUGACGGCCACCUUCCUUGCGCACGCCCCCGAGGGCCUGCACAGGCGCGCCCUGCACUGCCGCCUGUGGCGUAUGGUGCUGCGGGAGCGGCCCGACAGCGUGCCUGACUGGGACGACCGGCUGCAUACGGUGCGCUGGGUGGACGCCGUGCGCAGCAGCACCAGUCUGCACUCCGGCACGGGCGCCAAGACCAAGGUGGUUGAGACGGAGCGGGAACCUCCGCACACCUUGCUGGACUCGGUGCCCCAGGAGCUGGCGCUGACGGUCAGCGCAGUGGCUGACCUUUGCAGGCCUCGGUGUAAGACCGAGCCUGUCCACUUCCGAGACACCCUCAUGUUCCAGACGCGCAUCUACCAGCUGGAGCUGGAGAACACGGGCCUGGUGGCAUUGCCUUUCAGCUGGGAGGUGCAAGCAGAGGAUGGCAGAAGCAACCAGGACGGACCUCAGGAACAUCAAAGGACCGAGGUGCGGCCGGCGAGCCGGGCGGGCGGGUUGGUGAACGCCGUGCUGGCUUACGGGAUGGUGGACGUGGCCCCGGAGGACCUGCCCUUCACCGUGGAGCCCCCCAGUGGCUCCGUGCCCCCCGGUGCCACCCAACAACUUCAGCUGCGGUUCUCGCCGUUGGAUGUCGGUGAAUUCCGGGCGAGGCUGGUGUGCAGCAUCCCGAACUUGGGAGGGCAGGCCGCCGAGCCGUCCGUGAGCGUGUCGGGUUGCGGCCUCAUGCCGUGGUGUCACUUCGAGGUGGCCGACUCGGACUACCUCUCGGGUGGCCGCCGCAACCCCGAGCUGCCGGGGCGGCUGGGAGCUCCGCCGGGGUCCACGCUGCCGCCCGACACGCGCGUCAUCGAGAUGCACGCACUGGGCGUGCACACGUGCGUCACGAAGUCCUUCUACAUCCUGAACCCCUCCAGCAGCGCAUACUCAUUCUCCUGGCAGUGCGAGGAUCCACCAGGCACACUCACCCCCUUCACCUGCCGCACCCCUGGGGGCGUCCUGGAGGCUGGGAGGAAAUCGCAGGUGGCGUUUGAGUUUGCGCCGACCCAGCUGAACCUGGCCGAGUCGUUUUGGAAAUUCGAGGUGGCCGAGCACGGCAUGAGCGUCCCCUUCCUGCUGGUGGGGCAGGCGCGGGAGCCGGCCGUCUCGCUCGACCGCUCGCACCUCAACCUCCACUCGCUGCUCGUCGGCCACGAAGCCGUGGAGGUAGUCGACCUGUGCAACAUUGAGCCGGAGGCGUUUUCCUUCUCCUUCCGGGAAGAGUCGUGCCACUCGGAGGGCCGCACCGCCAGCCUCGCCGUGCAGCCCAUGGAAGGCACGAUCCAAGCAAACAGCAGAAUUCCAAUCCAGGUUUCUUUCAAGCCGUCCCAGGAGGGCCCGGUGAACUUUAACCUGCAGUGUCGUGUGAAGAGGAAGAGCCACUUGCUGACACUGAAUGUGAAGGCGGAGGGCUACUCGCUGGGUGCCUCGCUGCGGGCCGAGACGCCCCAGGGGGAGCGCUCCACCCUCUCCGCCACCGCUGUCAAUGACCUGGCGCUGGGCCAGGUGGACCUCCACUCGAGCACAUACCGCCUGCUUGACAUCGACAAUGAAGGCGCCUUCGACUUCAACUUUGAGUGGGAGCUGCGGACGACGCGCCGCGAUCUACGGGCCUGCGUGACCAUUUCGCCAAAUAGCGGCUCUGUGCAGCGCAGCCAGCGCACCCGCUGCACCCUCACCUUCCAGCCCACGCGGCCUUGCGUCCUGCGGGACGUGCAGCUGCACCUCAAGAUCCAAAAUGGGCCGACCUUCGUGUGCACGCUGAACGGCUCCGGUGAGGCCCCCUCCAUCUCCGUCAACUUCUCCAUGACCACCUUCGACUUUGGGCCGUGCUUCAUCCACCAGGCGGGCAUGGACCCCCACAGCACGCUCCUGCGCAUCUCUAACGGCGAGGACCGCGAUAUCAGUCUGGAAUGCUUGUUUAAGGAUGCCCAACACCUGAAGGUGGAUUUCAAGCCCACUGUGCUGGUUGCCCGCGGCGAUGCCAUCGAUGUGCCCAUCACAUUCCAUCCACGCCGUGCCAUGCGCUAUCGUGACGACAUCAUCUUCGUCGUGAACGGCGUCUCGCGGCACACGCUAGAAGUCCGUGGAGAGGGCACUGAAAUGAAGAUUGAAGUGGCUAAUCCCAAGUGGAAGGUUGUGAACCUGGGAGCCCUGCGCGUGGGACAGACCAUCAAGAAGACUGUGCCAUUGGUCAACAACAGCAGGGCCCCACUCACUUUCUGCCUGGCUCUGCAGAGCAGCCAGCCUGCACUGCAGGACCCCAAGGUGCUGAUCCUGUCUCCGUCGGGUGAGGUGACGCUACGCCCGCGCGACGGCACAUGUGCCGUGGAAGUGUCAUUCAGCCCGUGCGCGAGGGUACCCGCCUUUACGGCAGAGGUGUGCGUCGAGAGCGCCGGCGUGCGCCGGCCCGUCUUCCUGCUCAAGGGCUGCUGCCAGGGGCUGGAGAUGGUGCUGGACCAGGAGCAGCUGCCCUUUGGCGCCGUGGUGCUGCGCAGCCAGGCCACGCGCCGGCUGCUCCUGCACAACAUGGGCGACGUCGGUGCCAGCUUCAGCUGGGACGUGAAGCACCUGGCGCCCGACUUCAGCGUGAGCCCCGCACGGGGCUACGCGGCGGCCGGCAUGGACGUGCCACUGGACGUCACAUUCCACCCCCACGCCCUCGGCUCUGACAUCCGCUACGAGGGUGUCAAGUGCAGCGUGGAGGGCAGCCAGCCACUACUGCUGACGCUCACGGGCUCCUGCAUCGACCAGCCGCCCUCGCGCGAGGUGUUGAACUUCAGAUGCCCGGUGCGGAGCAGGCAGACGCAGACGAUCUCGCUGGCGAACCGCACCAACCAGCGCUGGGUGCUGCGGCCCGUGCUGAAGGGAGAACACUGGACGGGGGCCGACUCUGUCACUGUGGAGGCCCAGCAGCAAGGGAGGCCCUACGAGGUCACCUACGAGCCGCUCACCAUGACCAGCAUUCGGCAGGAGCACCAGGGCUCCAUCUUCUUCCCGCUGCCAGACGGGCUUGGACUGCUCUACCCGCUCCAGGGCGUUGCUGAAUCACCACGGCCAACCGACACCAUCACACGCGACGUUCCGUGCAAGACGACCUACACCGAGCUGCUGCCUGUCGCCAACUGGCUGCGCAAGCCACAGAGGUUCCGCAUGACGCUGGAGAUGGUGCGCCCCGAGAGGCUGGAUCCUUCUACAACCCUGAAGGGGCUGGACUACAUCGACGUGCCAGGCUCAGCCACGCGUGACUACAAGCUGACCUUCCACUCGCACAAGGAGGGCCACUUCACUGCCAAGGUGACCUUCUGUAACGAGGCGACGCAGGAGUUCCUCUUCUACGUGGUGACAAUGCGAGCGACGCCCGGGGGGUCGCUGGGCACGGUGGAGCUGUGCACGCCGGUGCGUCGCAGCACGGAGGGGCGCGUGCGCGUGGAGAACCCCCUGCCCACGCCCGUCUCCUUCUCCAUCGAGUGCCGCGUGCCAGACAUCAGCCUGCCGCCGCAGAUUUCCGUGCCGCCCAACGCGAAGAAGGACGAGGGCUGGCUCACGCUGGAGUACCUCCCGCUGCGCGUGGGCGAGUCGAGCGGACGGCUCGUGCUGCAGAGCGCCGAGCUGGGUGCCUUCACGUGGGACCUGCAGCUGCGCUCUUUGCCCGCCGCUCACGAGAAGCCGCUGCACUUCCGGGCUUCGCUCGGCGCCAGCCACACGCAGGCGGCGCGCUUCGUCAACUACUCGCGACAGAAAAGCGAAUACGCCUGCAAGAUCAACAGCGGGGAGUUCCACGUGGAAAAGACGGUGACAGCUGCUCCAGGGGCAGCUGGAGGCACAGAGGUCAGCGUGGACGUGCUGUACGAACCCAGCCACCUGGGCGACACGCGGGCACUGCUCACGCUGUCCUCGCCACAGGGCGGGGAGUACACGAUCCCGCUGGUGGGCGUCUGCUCGGCGCCGCGGCCCCAGGGCCCCUUCACGGUGCGCGCGGGCUUCACCGUCUCCGUCCCCUUCAAGAACGUGUUCGCGCAGACCGCCUCCUUCGUGGCCGCCGUCGACAGCUCCGCGUUCAGCGUGCGCGCGGCCGGCGAGGCGGUGCGGCCCAAGCGCACCAUCACCAUCGUCGUGGGGUUCGAGGGAGCCCCCGGGGCGGCCCCCGUCACGGCGCGCCUCACCGUCUCUUGCCCCCAGCAGCCCGCCUCUUCCUGGAUCUUCUACCUGCGCGGAGUCUCCGCCGAGAAGUGACCGACGCGUGCCUGCCGGGCUGCCCGACCGCUGGGCGGCGUUCGUUCAGGGUCGUGGUCGUGGUCAUUUGGGAAGUCACGAAGCUGCUUUGUUGUCUUUUUUGUUGUCCUGCGGUGAUUUUGCGAGUUGGAAUCGUUUUGUGAUACGUGUGGAAAAAAAGUAUGCAGCCAUCGUGUAAUGGUUAGCACACUCCAGUUGCAAUCCAGAGGUCACCAGUUUGAUCCGAUGUCUCGGGCGUGGCAGUUGAACCAAUGGGCAAGUUUCUGAACCCUGAUGCAGUCAAUCGAUGCAUUGUUACAUACCUAAUAAUUAUUAUUGUUUAUUAAGGGCAAGCAUGAGUCUUGAGAUGCUUUCAAUGAGGUGUGAUGUUUGGCCAAUUAAUUGAAUAUCUUGCAUUGGCGGUGUUGAAUCGACCUCACACACCUCUUGCAAAGCUUUAUGAAGAAAAAACCUACGUUUCCAGGUUGAGCGAGGCUGCUCACAUCACCUCUUCCUCGUUUGUCACGUGACGUUACAGCCCAUGGUGCUGCUGCUACCGAUCGGUCUCCACCAUACACAAAAAAAAACGUGAAAAUUGCACUGUAAACAUUUUAAAUGUUGUUGUAAAGUGUGUAUUUUAGAUUGUCAAAUUUAUUUUGCACAAAUUAUUUUACUUUAAUCGAUAUUUUAUGUUAACAUGAGAUUGAAGUUAUUGAAUGUUUUUAAUAUGUGUGAUAUUUUAUUUAAAACCAACACAUUAAAAUUGCAGUCAAGCAGCUGACAGCUUC